GUUGUAGUCCUGCGGCGGCGGCGGCUCCGGCUGCCCCCGGGGCUGCGGGACUGCGCUUCCCGGCGACCCCCGCGCCCGGCGGAGGGACCGGACGGGGCGGGGUGGGACGGGACGGGGCGGGACGCGGCGCCCCUGGGGGCCGCCGGGGCUGCGGCGUGGAUCGGGAGCGCUGCGGGCACCAUGAGCGGCGGCGGGGAGCGGGCGGCGGCGGAGCGGGAGGAGUUCAUGAGCUUCUUCCCGCAGAUCGUGCGCGACCUGACCGAGGGCGGCCUGGGGCACCCCGAGGUGGGCGAUGCUGUGUCCCGCUUGAAGGAGGUGCUGGAGUACAACGGGGCGGGCGGGAAGUGCAACCGGGGCAUGACGGUGCUGGCCGCGUACCGAGAGCUGGCGGGCCCCGGGCAGCAGGGUGCGGAGAGCCUCCGGUGCGCCCUGGUCGUCGGCUGGUGCAUCGAGCUGCUCCAGGCGUUCUUCCUGGUGACCGACGACAUCAUGGACGCGUCCCUCACCCGCCGGGGGCAGCUCUGCUGGUACAAGAAGGAGGGGAUCGGUCUUGAUGCCAUCAAUGAUGCCCUCCUCCUGGAGUCCUCCGUCUAUCGGCUGCUGAAGAAGUACUGCGGGGAGCAUCCCUACUACGUGCACCUCCUGGAGCUCUUCCUGCAGACUGCCUACCAGACGGAGCUGGGGCAGACGCUGGACCUCAUCACUGCUCCCAUUUCCCAGGUGGAUUUGAACCGCUUCAGUGAGCAGAGGUAUAAGGCGAUUGUGAAGUACAAGACGGCGUUUUACUCCUUCUACCUGCCUGUGGCUGCUGCCAUGUACAUGGCUGGUAUUGACAGCAAGGAGGAGCAUGACAAUGCCAAGGCCAUCUUGCUGGAGAUGGGUGAAUUCUUUCAGAUCCAGGAUGAUUACCUGGACUGCUAUGGAGACCCAAAGGUGACAGGGAAGGUUGGCACUGACAUCGAGGACAAUAAGUGCAGCUGGUUGGUGGUGCAGUGUCUGCAUCGGGUCACGCCAGAGCAGAGGCAGAUCCUGGAGGAGAACUAUGGCCGUAAGGAACCUGAGAAGGUGGCAAAGGUGAAGGAGCUCUAUGACACCCUGGGCAUGAGGGCUGCUUUCCAAGAGUACGAGGAGAGCAGCUACCAGCGCCUGCAGGAGCUGAUCCGGACACACAGCCACUGCCUGCCCAAGGCCAUCUUCCUUGGCCUGGCUCAGAAGAUCUACAAGCGGCAGAAGUGAUGGUGGGGCUGCCCCUCCACUGCUUCGCCUCUGCUGAAGGGGGCUGGUGGCCAUUGGGGUCUGCCCCCGGCUGGAACUGAUCCCUGCCCCCUGC